UCCGCGCGUACCGUAUAUUAUUUGCGAUUAACAAAUGGAUAAUCGUAAUAUGCUUUGUGUGUAAUAAAUUCUAAAUCUCUACAAUACAAAUUGUAAAUAUAAAGUCAAGGAAUAUAUAGAUCAUUGUUUAUGUGUCCUUUUAGUAGAAGAAGAUGUUCUAUAACCUUUAAUAGUAUAUUUAUUGGUUAUCAUUGUUUGUUCGUUAUAAAAUCAUUUAAAAAAUGCAAAAGUUACAAGACAGUGUUUUCUCAAUUAUUAAGACGAUCAAUCUUUCUCCUGCUGUGUUUAGUUUUUUGCAGCCAACGGAAGAGUUUACGGAUGUCACCCCGCUUGGUGGAAUUUUAAAAGACACGAAACUUGGAUGGCUUGCACUUGGUCCUAAGUUUUGUGUUGUUGACCUUAGAAGCGGAUUGAAAGUGGCCGCAAGAACUUUCGGCAAUGGAGUGAGUAACAGCCGUAUCACAGUAUCAAAUGUAGUAGAGCUGCCAACACCGUUAACAGAGAACUCCCAUCAGCUAGUCAUCAGUUUGGACUAUGAUAACAUCAGUGGCAUGAUAUGCAUUCUACAUGUUAAUGGUUCACAAUUACUUCAUUGCAUACACUCUGAUGUUGUGAUCACAAAACUUGCAGUUUGUGAUGGAACCCCGGAUGGACCAUUUGCAGGAUUUGAUAAUAUUAUUGCAGCAGGGACAAAGAGGGGAGAGAUCUUGAUAUUUGACCUCAAUAGAGCUUCUUUGAUUAAAGCAUUGAAAGACAUUUCCCAGGGCUAUGAACACUUGGUACUAAAUGAGGAGAAUGCAGCCAACAUCAAGUUUUUACCAUUAAAGGAAUUGCACAAAAUUGAAGAACAAAGAGAAUUGGCGUUAGAAAAUGACGAUCACUUGGGGUUCAUAUUGAAUGAUGACUCUUCAUUUGAUGGACAAUAUAUCUUCCGUAACCCUGAUGGUACAGUACGAAUGAAGGCCAAGAGAGAUCAUAUCAGAGUCACCAGUCUGCAGUAUAUACCGGAAAUAGGAAGUUUAGCAGUUGGCUUCAACUUUGGAGCUUUUCAAAUAUGGAAUCUUUUAACUUUAGACUUGGAAUUUACUUCACAAGUUAAUGUUGAGUGUUUGCCUGUCACCCAUUUCGGAUUUCAGGAGCCUUGUGAUGAUCCGAAAGCGUUUUGUUAUCUCUGGGUUGUUUUCUCAGUGAUAGAUAGAUUUGAAGAGGAAGAGUUUCCACUGGCAGUGAUGUAUUCAUUGUCAUAUCAAGGCAAAAGGAUCUUGUCAGAAUCAAAAUGCUUAUAUCAAGAUUUCUCAUCAGCCACAAUAAGAUUCCAAAUAGAACUGAAUGGGUCUGAGGAGUCCAAUUCUCUGAUAGGUGGGAGGUGUAUAUCAUGCCACACUUAUACCAUCAGUUCACCUCUAGGUGAAGAAGGCGAAGACAGUAUGCUCAACAUUUGCCAGCUGGUGUGGGAGUGCUGGGGCGAACAGGAAGCGGAGACCUCGCAGUAUGGGAUGAUGCUUUUCGAUUUAGAUCAGUGGUACAAAGAUCAAAUGCCCGCUACCUACCAACUGGAGAGCAAUGGAUUCAUGAGCGUGUUACGUCCGGCUGUGGUGGGCGAGGGAUGCGGGCCUGCGUUAGACGCACGCCUGGUGCUCACCUCAGUUGCACCAUACUCACAUGCUACCCGGCUAGAGGAACAUUUCUACCCAAAUUCAUUGCAGUAUAACUGUAUUUGCCUGAAUACAUCAGAAGCGACAAUCCUCGGUACAGUGGGAGUGCAGCGUCAGAUCAUAAACUCAAUAGAUGAGGCAGGACCUACUGCAUUACUGUCUCCGGGCAGAUUGUACCAUGCAUGUGUUACAGCUGGUCUGACACCGUUAUAUGUACCAUAUAGCCACGGCUACGGCAGGAAUGUUACUCAGGAAGAGCAACGCAGAUUCCUUCUGUCGGUGGCGCUUGAGGCUCGUCUUACACGUUUCCUGAAGCGCUGUGCUCAUGACUGGGCCACUGGUACUCACACUGGAUUGGGAUGUACACUUAGUUUUCUGGUGGAAUGGUGUUGGAAAAGAGCUUUAGAAUUAAAGGAAAAUGCAAAAGAAUUGGUAGCUCCGUUGUUUACUUCGACAAUAUUACCUGAUAGGAACAUAAUGAGAUGUCUCGAACACUGCGUACAACAGCUGGCGCAAUUGACAGGAUUACUGGACGCCAUUUUAACUAAAUGCUGUAACCUGGUUGUACCUGAUGCUCUUAGUGAAAUGGAGGAGAAAUACAAAGGCAUAGGGAUAGUGUCCCUGUACUUCCAAGUGGUGCAGUGGUUCUUACGUGUGGGUCUGCUGCCGGAGCGACAUGACGCAUACGAAGCGUUGCCUUAUCCCGCACAUCAGCUCUAUAAUAUAUAUAAGAAAAGACGUCUGAAGUUACAUCGGUUACAAGAGAACGCUCCUCAGGAGGCGGAGGCGGGCCACAGGUCCUGUUCAUUGCUCUACAUCGAUCAGCUUAUUGAACACGAAUUCGGUGGCCAAAGGACGCACGAUAUGUGGAUGAAAGGUGGCAGUGAUUGUAGAGGCUUGUACCCACCGCCCUCUCUGUAUUCUCUGCUGCGUCUCUACUUGCUGCCUGAUGUCGCCGAGGAGCACAAGCAUUCCCUUGUCUUGUAUCUGUUGUUGGAUUAUUGCACCGUAUACGAUGAGAUAAGAUAUGAAGCAGUGAUCAGAAGGCUGAUGCAAUUCCCUACAAUGUUUGGUUUGAGCAAUACAGCUAUUAAAGCGACACAGGCGUUUUGGCAUCUAGACCAUAGAGAUUUUGAUUUUGCAUUAGAUCAACUUCAAUGCCUGACUGGCAACACUCUAUCGGACUGGCAACAUCGAGUAGUUCUAUCCUCUUUGCUCGCUCAGAAAAAAACACAAGCAGCACUACAAUACUUGCACGUUCGGAAACCAGCGCCAAUACAAAGUCCUAUCAGAAAAGAUGGCAUCUCCAAAGUCAAUGACCAUGAUAAAUUAGAUGAUUGGCAAUCUUGUUGCAAUUUAUAUCUUGCCAGAGGUCUGGUCUUUGAAGCCAUUGAUGUGAUAAGAAUGUGUGUGAGGAAUGCUGCAACCUCGGAAGAUAAAGUUCGUGUAUUAAAUUUCUUCUAUAAAGGAUGUCGCAACACAGGCCAACUCUCCAAAGUUCUUCAAGUGACGUUACUGCCUGGAGAAGAGGAAGUCUUCAUAAAGUAUCUCAAAGACUGCAAUGACACACAAACCUCGGACAUACUUAUUAUGUACUAUUUGCAGCAAGCAAGGUACUUAGAGGCAGAAGAAUACAACAACAAAUUAAAAGAUCAGCGUAGUCGCAAAGAGCUGUCAACAUCGGCGGAGUCGCUCGCGGAGCUGGUGGAGCGGUGCAACACGCGCGACACGCUGCUGAGCGCCGCGUGCGCCGCGCUGCCCGCCAUCGCCUGCCGCGUCGCCACCACUGCGACACGACAUCUGGAGCCGCACGUUAUUUCACCAAAACCAAUGUCGGUAUAUGUGCAAGUGACAUCUCCUAAAAACACCUUUACAUACAAAUCAACAUUUAUUCAGGAUACAAUUGAAAAUGCAAGCGAAACUUGGACCAACAAGCCUAAAAGUAGAAAGGGUCUCAAACGUGCCUUGGAAAUUGAAGAGACACCAUUUAUUUGUACACCAAAAUUAAAUCGGACUAAGAGUCUAUUCCUAAGCGGACAAAGUUUGGGUGAAAUGACGCCUGCUAAGCGUACCAAGUUGGAGGCGACCAGUCCGAAGACCCCUAAGCCUGGUACAUACAAGGCCAGCGAGGAGCUCAGCGAACAAAUGGCCACGCUUCUCGAUAUGCCUGAAGCUCAGAGUCCGUAUAGAUAUCACGAGAGAAGUGAAGCUGGAACUCCACAUAGUAUACUUAAGACUCAAAGACUAGAGGGUAUGGAGAGAGAGGCUCCCGCAUCACCCGUGGAUUCCCGCUACUUGUGCGACAGCGGGGACGACUUGCUGGAGACUGCCAGCAAUAAGACCAACUACAGCGACUCCAAGCAAUUGAGGUUCCGUAUGCCAUCGGCAUCCGAGUCAGGCUCCAGUCCCUCCACGCCCGUGCCUGUCGCUGUACGCUCGCAGACAGACAAACAAUCUGAAAAUGGAGAUGAUACUGAGAGUGAAAUGUCAAUGGAAUCGCCGCCAAAGAAAUUAGCAACCGAAGGAAAACCCCAAGCACGGAAAUCAUACAAAGAUAAUGUACGAGCCAGACGGUCACUAUCAAUAUCAGUAAACAGCAGUUUAUCAGAUGAUCCGAACGCAUCUAUAGAGAGCAUAGCUGACAUCCCAAUCACAUUAAUCAAUCCGCGGUACUCGCACAAGGGUAGGCAGAAGUCACAGUCACCCAAAGAUGACAAGCGUAUGGAGGUGGAUGAUUUUGUAUGUGAGCUGAGACCGAUGAAUGAAACUCCCAGAGGGAGAAGAAGCAUCAGAGAGAUCAGUGGGCAAAGUACACCGUUAAUUAAUAGGAGCAGAUCAAUUACACCAGAGAGACAAGAUUCACCUGUAUUGAAAACUUUACAAACAAACAGAGCGACAAGGAGUCGUUCCCGCACUCCGGAGAUGAGUCCCGGGUCGCUGGAGCCGAUCCCGGAACAACCCCGUCAGGAGAGCGACAGCGACCCCCACCCCGCUAAAACUACGCUCAGUAUACCUAGACGACUCAGAAGUAGAUCUCGUACACCGGAACUUGUGGAGAGUAGGGUAGUGGAAUCACCAAAGUUGUCCGCCAUCACAGAGUCACCCGUCAAGUCGUACGAGUCUCCCGCACCCUCGCCUACAACACGUACUUCUAGGAGUAGAUCAUACACGCCGGAGCCUAACAAGCGCAGUGUGGUGGAGGCUCCCAAACUGGAACCUAUCACCGAAGCAUCGGGAAAAUCUCCAUACACCGAUUCACCUACUUCAUCACCCACAAGACGUAGUGUCAGAAGUCGCUCCCGUACACCUGAUGUAGAGAAAAUACCUGAACAAGUAAGCAGUCCUCGAAGUUUAAGGAGUCGCUCCCAUACACCAGAAUUGGAAAAACUGCCUGAACAACCAGUCGGCAGCCCUAGAAGUUUAAGAAGUCGGUCUCGAACACCUGAUUUGGAGAAAUUGCCAGAACAACCUAUAUUGUCAAGCCCUCGCAGUCUAAGGAGCCGCUCGAAGACACCAGAAAAAUUAUUGUCACCUAAAAAAGAUACUACUAGCAAAGGAAGAAAACCACUUUCGCGACUUGUACUAGAAGCAAACGCUUUCGCUAAAACAAAGCAAAUCGGCGAAUCCGAGGCCCAAACUAAAGAAUCGACCAGCGAACAAUCUGAAUCGAUUAUCGAAUGUACACCUUUAAAAGCUAGCAACACUAAAAGUCUGAUAGAUGUUACAUUUUCACCUAUAGUAAACAAAUCAAUAUUACAAAGUUCCACGGAAAGCUUUUCAUUAACUGAAAAAGUAAUUGAAGUCAAUGAAUCCAGUUCAAGUACUGAUUUGAAACCUUUACCUGCUUUCACCACUCUACAUGAAGUUUACUUCGAAAAAUCAGUCUUACAAACUGACGAGAGCAGUAUCAUACAAUCUUCUUUACAAGAAGAAAUACAAAAAUCAACCGAAGGUAAUGUUCCUGAUGUUGAAAUGAACGCAUUACCACAAUUCACACCGAUCAAUGAAAGUGAUUUUAACAAAUCAGUAUUAAAAAGCGGCGACAGCAGUGUCGCUGGCAAUGGAAACAAACCAGAUGAUGCACCAAAAGCUAUAGCAUUUACAACAUUCAAUGAGACUGAAUUUGAUAAUUCAGUACUCAAAAGUCAUCUUUCAAGUGAAAUGUCUCAUGAAAGCAAUGCAAAUGAGGAAGGAAAGUCGUACAGAGAUCUUUCUAGUCUCAUGACGAGUGAUAGCGAUAUUGAAAUGGUAGACGAUGAAAAAUGGAAAUAUAAAAUAGAUAAUGAGAACAAAGAUAACGUUAUACAAAAGGAGAAAGAGAAAAUAGUUGAAAUUGAAAGAGAAAUUAAUGAGAUCGAAGAAGACAUAGCAGAAGGAGAAGACAGUAGCGAAGAAGAAAAUGGAGAAGACAGUAGUAGUGAGGAAAAUAACGAACAAGAAGACAGCAGUGAUGAAGAAAUUGUCGAAGAUGAAAACAAAGAAAUAUCUACAGAAAGCGUGGAAGCUGACAAUGAGGUAUCAGUUUCUGAUAGCAGUGAUGAAGUUAUUUGUAUCGAUGAUGAUUCAGAUUCAAAUCCUGCUCAAGUAAAUCUACAAUCUGACAAAACCUCAAAAGAAAUUCCCCAAACAGAUCAAACUGAAACACAUACUGAUAAAAUAGACGUAGUUGAAAAUAAAACUAACACAGACAUAGUCAGUGUUGAAACUGAAAAAGCUAUUGAAAAUGAUAAACCAAAAACUGAAGUUUGUGAAGAAAUACCACAAGAGAGUCAUACUGAAAUAGUUGAAGUUAAAAUGGAUCAAGAUAUUGAGAUGAAAGAACCAGAAAAUGUGCAAGAAUCGAUAGAUGUUUUGAAUCAAGCUAAUAUUUCUUUGUUAACUGAUGAUAACUCUGAUGUUAACCUCACUUAUUCGGAUGAUAGUAAUCAUAAAGAAAUUGUUCCAGCUCAACCUACAGUGGAACUUGAAGUGAUGGUUGAAAAAAUAGCUCCAACAGAAACAGAUAAGAAUGAAAUUGUAACUUCAAACAUUCAGGACGUAGAUGUUGUUGAUUUCUGUCAACAGAUCGCAACUGAACCAGAUCCUAUAGAAGAGGUUAUAAUACAAGAAAAUAACGAAGAAAAUGAAAUAAAAACAGUAUCGCCAGCUAUUGAAGAACAAAAAGAUAUUUUUGCUGAAAAUACUGUUAACACUGAAGCUAUUGUUAAUGAAACAAAAGAUAUCUUACCUGAAAAUAGUCUUGAAAACAUUCCUACUAUAUUGAAAACCGAAACUGAAAACAUAAAUACGGUAGAAAAUAUGGAAGUUAUUACUGCUACAGAAAAUAUAACUGAAAAGCCUGAAACAGAAAUGUCUGAAACAAAGGAAAUACUUGAAAAAGUCGAAGAUGCAAAGGAUAUGCUUAUUUCAGAAGCACCAUCUAAAAUGGACGUUCCCACAGAAGGCAAUAUAGAUAAAACAAAUGUAGAAGAUGAAAUUUCUACAAAAGAUUCUGCCGUUGCUAUGGAAACGGUUAAAAGCGAAGAAGAAAUUAAAGAAACGAAAGCUCCUGCAACAAGAAAACGUACUCAAUCAACAUCAUCGAAUAAAUCCAAUCAAGAAAUUGAGCAAGAAAUUCCUGAAAACGUAACAUUAGAAGCAACAACUCCAUCUAAAAGAGUUUCCAAAUCACCAAUGCCUAAAUCUAGGGUUAUGCCAAAACGACGUUCAUCCAAAGAUACCGCAGAUAAUGAAAUGGAUGAAAGUAUCACCCCUGAUGAAACCCUAACACCAAGAAGACGAUCAACUCGUUCUAGAAGUAAGAAUUUAGAUGAUAGCUCUAGUGUUGCGUCAGAAUCUUCUGUGAAAUCAAGUAAGAGCAAGACGGAAGAACCUAUAGAUAAAAAGCCUGCAGCUAGAAAAGGACGGAAAUCUAUAUUGAAUACAAAGACUGAAUUGAGUGUGAUACCAGAAAUAGAAGAUAGUCAGAAAAUAGAAGAGAGUAACGAAGAUGUUCUUAAUGAAAUAUUAACAACUGAAAGAUUAACACGAAAUCAAAAAGCAAUGUUAGAAUCGAAACUACGGCCGAGUACGCCGCGUAGUCGCCGCGUCAGCGCCGCGUCUAAACCUGAAGCUUCAAUAGAAGACAACACAUCAGACACACAUACAAUGGAUCGUGUACAAUUGUUAGACAAGGAAACAUUCGAUGGGCGAGCUGACGACGAGGAAUUCCCGCGAGCGAGCCCCACACUAUCGGAUACGAUUAGACCACGACCGCGGACGGCACGGUCCGCCUCGGAGACGGAAACUCUAGCCAAAGCUAAGAAAAUCAUUCGCAGAACAUCUGUCGACGUCACACUGGACGCAAGCCCGGUGCGCGGCCGUCGCGCCUCAUUCAACCGCGCCUGCGAGGCGCUGCACACGCCCAAAGGACGGCGACCUUCCGUCGACACUAAGAAAUCAGAGACGGAUGGCAUAUCGCCGGAGUCAGGUGCGGAGGCGACGCCCCGCAGACGUGCGCGCCGCUCCACCACACCGCAGCACUCCGAAGCCACGCCCACAUCUGAACUCGGCAAGAGAUCGAGAAGAACAGCUGCCGAUAAAACUAAGGAGUCAGCGGAUUAGCCAACUUUUGUUAGUCGAUAAUUUUUUAAGGACCCAGUGGAUGUACGAGAUAGCAUUUAUCAGUUAACCCUAUUGGAUACUAAUAUUUAGUUUAAUUCCGUUAAUUUGUUCUUGUAUAAAAAUAAAAAAGUGUGAUUUGGUUAUU